AUGAACCAUAUUACUGCUGAGGCUACCAUUUCAAAUUUACAUGUGUUUAGCCACUUCGAAGUUCCAAAUAUCAUUGUUUCCGACAACGGCGGUGCAUUCACUUCCGCUAAAUUUUCCGAUUUCUGUCAAGAAAAUGCCAUAAAACACGUGCGAUCACCACCAUUUCAUCCACAAUCAAAUGGCCAAGUGGAAAAACUUGUGGACACAUUCAAACGCGCACUCCAAAAACUCAAAGGGGAGAGAACCACCCCGGAAAUCAUCAAGACAUUUCUACUGAGUUACAGGGCGACGCCAAAUGUUAACGCUCCACAUGUUAUUGCCAAAUUUGAUUACAAGGCUGCGGACAGCCAUGAACUGGGCAUACAAAAAGGAGAGAGGUUAACUGUGCUGGAUGAUACACAGAAAUGGUGGCGCGUGAUGAAUGCACAAGGCGCCACCGGUUACGUCCCGAGUAACUACGUGAAACGAUCUAAACAGGGAAUUUUUUCUAGCUUGCGUAAUACACUUGGUCGUGGGAAGUCGCGACACGAAGGUAGUAUCACCUAUUCCUUGUCCGGAAAACCCAAUUCCUCACCUAUUCCAGAUAAUAACGAUAUCGAUGGUCGUCGGAGUAAACAUGGCAGCGUUGACUCACUUGGCGACAAAUUUCAUAAGCUGAACUCCAGCGCCGACGUGUUAGCCUCUUCUGGAUUUUCCGAGGGCGACAUGCUUUCUCGAUCCGCUGCAACCACAUUCAAUCGGUGCUCUAAUGCGGUCUACAAUCCUCGAAUGGAGAUGGCGAAGCAGUCGCGGAGCAUGCGUGACCCGCUAUACGAUCGAACUCACGACUUUGACAAUGUUAGGGCUGAUGGAUGGGGGUCACUUGCAAUCCACAACCCUCAAAUACAGUCCUCAGCUAAACGGCCAAUAAGUUCUCAGGGAGGACAAACUUCCACCCAAAAUGGUCGUCACGAGCAUUUGGAUUCGCAGCGGUUCCCGCCCUCCGUUCUCCAACCCGAGGUUUCGGAAACGCCCACUGUUGGUCUCCUCAUAUGUCAGGCCUUAUUCGCCUAUCCAGCCAACCAACCUGAUGAAUUGUCCAUUGAGCGCGGUGACAGAAUUCAAGUGGUAGAGAAAAGUUCCGACGGUUGGUGGCGGGGUGUUCUAGUCGAUCAAGACCGACAAUCUCGGAUGGGUUGGUUUCCGUCCAAUUACGUCACUUUGGACCUAUCCAAGAAUCUGGCUCGAUCUAAAACAACAGCAGCGCGUGAGACAACCAUGAAUUCCGUCCCCGGGGUACACCCCUCUCAAGCCCCUCUGCCUAUACCCUCUGCAGCAGUGACGGGACAAACAGCACUGCAAGGUGGCCAGAUGUUACCCUCAGUUUCUAAGCCUGUGACAAUUGUAGAACGGGUUCUCACGUUGUAUCCUUUCACUCGUAAUCAAAAUGAAGAGUUGUCGUUCGACACGAAUGAGGUGCUUGAGAUUAUUGAAAAACCGCCAGACGAUCCUGACUGGUGGCGUUGUCGUAAUGCGCGGGGCGAAACAGGUCUUGUCCCUCGAAAUUAUGUCAGCCUGCUCCCCAGUGGCCCCGCCUCAUCGCUAGGAGAACAUGCCGUCCCGCAGGAUACGGGUCAGUUCAGUUUCCCCGUACAACCCACUGAACCGGGCCAAUCUAGUGCAAGUGAGGAGUUGCGACUUACCUAUGCCGUGAGCUCUACAACAACACACGCACAUAUGGAACAGCCUUGGUUUUGGGGUUCCAUAUCCCGCGCUGAGUGUGAAUCUAUGUUGACUCAAUUCGGAAAACCUGGCGAAUUCGUCAUACGUGACAGUGAAUCCCAUCCUGGUGAUUUGACUGUCACCAUGAAUGCGGGCUCGAAAGCGCGAAACUUCAAGGUUCGUAUGGAACGCGGGCAAUACCACAUUGGCCAGAAAGUAUUCCCUAGUGUCAAUGAACUAAUACAACACUAUUGCACACAUCCCAUUUUCAAAAAUGAGUCGGAGAAACUCUAUCUUACUCGACCAUUUGUACAUCCGGGGCGGACGUAGACGACAACCAGUGAUGCUAUUACUGACUGAAUUUCAUGAGCUAAUUGGCGAAGACCACUCUUCCAAUGCAUUGCGCAACCCCGCGACCCUUGCCUUCCCCAAGUUGUAGCAUCCACGAGUCCAGAUAUCUUUCAAGCAAGUCGAUCAAGAUAGGCUCGUACAGUGUCGCUAGCAACAUCGGUGACAAUCCUGGUUCCUUCAACCGUUUUCGCUCAUUUGCUACCUUGGUUUACUUCGCAGUCCACUACGCCUGCCGUUACUGCAUUCGCCUUCAUCACUGCACGAAAACCAAACCUUUUUGCCAUUGUGGCGCUUUUAUUUACUGUUUUCUUUGACCACUAGUGUUUAUCAGUGUGCUCAAAAUGUCCAAAUGGUUUCGCUCUAUUCCAAAGUGUGUGCUUCCAACUGCUGAGUUUUCCGUCCAUUCACAAGCUCUUAACCGCUGCAUACAGGCAGUCGUACCCAUUGAAUCUGAUGCCGAUUCAUUUUUUGUUUGUCUACUUUGUCGAACACUCAUCAGUUUCCCCGCUGUGUGCAAUCAGUAGUAGUUUUUGAUGUCUUAGUUCAUUCCGCUCCGCUUUGCGCGUCAAUAUUUUUGUUUCCCCACCCCAUACAACUUUGCUGCUGUGCCUUCCCGUCUGUGGCCGCUACUUUCCCCCUCUCUGAUGCUCUUUGUACACAGUCCACUUUAUGCCUGAUCUCAUCAGUUCGCAACCACCACUUCAUGAUGUCAAUCACUUUGCAGCCUAUUUACUUCCGUUUCAGCCUCGGUAAACCUGUGUCACCUCCGUGUCGAUCCCUUUUAUCAGACAUUGUGGCUCUGUGCCACGCUCUCUGAUAGCAUGUUACUCUGCGGUCCUAUUUCCAUCUCUUUUUGCACUAUCUGCUGAGCUGGUUUAUUGCCCACUGGCCACCCGAAACAUCUAUCUUUCCUAUCAUUAUCGUCUCUGUUCAGUUUUUUCACUAGUCCUC